AUGCCUCUGACCGAUGUUGCUUCGUUUAUCCAACACCUACAGUCCUCCCGCCGCAUCGUUGCUCUCCUGGGCGCCGGUCUCUCUGCUUCAAGCGGGCUGCCUACGUUCCGCGGUGCUGGCGGCCUCUGGAGAACCUUCGAUGCCACGAUGCUAGCUACACCUGGAGCCUUCCAGCGGGAUCCAGGUCUCUCAUGGCAGUUUUAUUCCUACCGACGGCACAUGGCUCUCAAUGCUAAACCAAACCGCGCUCAUCUGGCCUUGGCAGAACUCGCCCGCCGGAAUCCCGACUUCAUCACCCUCAGCCAGAACGUCGACGGUCUGAGUCCUCGUGCUGGCCAUCCUGCAAACCAGCUCAAGCUACUGCAUGGCAAUCUUUUCGACGUCAAAUGCUGGGAUGAAGACGGCUGUGGCUAUUCCCGCAAGAACGACUUCAGCGACCCCAUCGUCCCCGCCUUAGCCCUUCCAGCAGAAAAUCCAGACGCCGAACUCAAGGCUGCCGCCGAGAAGAAGAAGCACGCUCUCCUCCGAGGCGCAGAUAUUUCAGACAUCAAUGUCGCCAUUCCCGAACUGAAGCCAGAAGAUCUUCCCCAAUGUCCAUCGUGCAAGAAGAACCUCCUUCGUCCAGGGGUGGUCUGGUUCGGGGAGUCGCUACCCGAAGACGUGAUGAGUGACGUGGACGCAUACUUUUCCAGCCGCCAGAAGAUUGACCUCAUGUUGGUGAUCGGUACAAGCGCCAAAGUCUACCCUGCUGCUGGCUACACGAACAUCGCUAGAGCCAAGGGUGCGCGCGUCGCUGUCAUCAACAUGGAUAGGGGCGAUGCACGGGAGCUCACCAAGAAUGACUGGUUCUUCGAGGGAGAUGCGGCAGUCAUUGUGCCGUAUAUCUUGAAAACCGUGAUUGGAGAGAUUGAAGAGUUUGAUAAUACGAAGGGGCCAACCCUAUGA